AUGGCCUACUACGACCCACUUGCUUUCCAACAGCAGCAGCAACCACAGCACGCCGGCAUCGGUAACUCGUCAGCUUCUCUCUGGAUGGGUGAGCUCGAGCCUUGGAUGGAUGAAAACUGGAUUCGCGGUGCCUGGUACAGCGCUGGUGAACAGGUUGCGGUCAAAAUGAUUCGCGACAAGUACACAGGAGCGAGUGCUGGUUACUGCUUUGUUGAGCUUUCUAGCCCUGCGGCAGCAGUCAAGGCUAUCGGCACUCUUAAUGGCGUUCUGAUUCCUGGCACCAACAAAGUGUUCAAGCUUAACUGGGCCUCAGGUGGAAGCCCCGUUGCGACUGCCGGGGCUGCUGGUCAGGAGUACUCGUUGUUUGUUGGGGACCUCUCACCUGAGGUCACAGAGUACAUGCUUAUGGCCACGUUUCAGGAACGAUACGUGUCCUGCAGAUCGGCCAAGAUUAUGACCGACCCCGCCACAGGCAUGUCCAGAGGCUAUGGCUUUGUCCGAUUUGGUGACGAGAGCGAGCAGCUUCGGGCCCUUCAGGAAAUGCAGGGUGUUUACUGUGGCAGCCGUCCGAUCAGAGUAUCCAUGGCAACUCCGAAGAACAAAGCGCCCGUUGGUGGCAUGGGAGCUGCUGGACCUGGGAGUAUGAUCGGAGGUAUGGGCAUGGCCUCUGCAGGCUACGGCUAUGCAACCCCAGUUCAACCCACCAGCCCUCAGCACACCUUGAACCAGUUCACGGACCCCAACAACACGACCGUCUUUGUUGGAGGACUUUCAGGAAUGACACAUGAGGACGAGCUCAGAGGUGUGUUUGCCGCAUACGGCGAGAUCACCUACGUCAAAAUUCCACCAGGAAAGGGCUGCGGCUUUGUUCAGUUUGUGCACAGGCAGAGCGCGGAAAUGGCCAUUAACCAACUGAACGGCUACCAGAUUGGUAAUUCACGUAUCCGUCUGUCAUGGGGACGUGCUCAAAAUGAGCCCAAGCCCAUGUCGCCCCAUGGGACCUCAAUGAUGGGCGCGCCUAACUUUCGUCCACCCAUGCAAAAUCAGUUUGGACUUGGUCCAAAUAGGACUCCUGCUCCUCACUCUCAGUACCCAGGACUUAUGCCUGGCUCGACACUUCCAGGCAUGAUGCAAACGCAGUCGCUACAGGACCCUAUGGAGAGAAUCCCAGUCGAACACCAAAACCGCGCCUUUGUCGAAAGAAAGGAAGCGCUUAUGGACCGAAUGGAUGAAGGCGCUAGCUGGAGAGGAUCCGGAGCGAUUUAUGCUUAA